AUGGGAGCUGAUACUGUCAUCCUGGGUGCAGGUGUCAUUGGCCUCGCGACGGCCUACCAGCUCGCUCUUGCUCAUCAAGAGGCUGCCAACGCGACAUCCAGGCCACCUGGCAAGAUCAUCGUCGUCGAACGAGCUGCGCAUAUCAGUCCUGCUGCUUCUGGUCAAGCGACAGGCGGACUUGGAGAUUUCGGCUUCGCGAGUGGUGUCGCUGAUUUGGGCGUUUUGUCCUACAAAAUGUUUCAGGAACUUGCUGUCACGAAGGGAAUGAAGGAGUUCGGCUUUAGCGAGUCUACGAUCUAUCGCAUCAUACCCGAUAACUUCACGGGUACGCCUGAGCCGCCUGAUACUUGGGGUCCAAGUCUUCCCGUUGAACAGCCUGUGUCUGCGCUCCCUGACUGGAUCAAAUCCAAGAGUAACUGGUCAGUGCAGCCUCAAUUUUGCCACUUUCUCUUCAAAGAGAGCAAGAAACUAGGCGUUCAGUUCAUCUUCAACGCGAACGCAACAUCAGUUCAAACCGCACAAGGAGCGAAACAUUUCACCAGCAUCCAAAUCAAGCAACAAGCUAGCGAUCCUCUCAACCUCCCCUGCAAGAGUCUAGUCAUAGCAGCAGGCCCCUGGUCCCCACACGUCUUCUCAACACUCUUCCCCAACGCAUCUCUCCAACUCCCAAUGAACUCCACAGCCUCAGCCGGAAACCAUUUCCGCAUCCGCACAUCCAACUGGAAACCAGAGGACGACAAGAAGGGAAGUCAUCAAAUCUUCUUUCAGAGCGAAGUUCCGGGUAGACAGGGUCUUGACAUCACCAGUUUUCCGGGCGGUGAGUUGUAUGUGGGUGGAUGGGGAGCGGAACAGGAAGAACUUCCUGAGCUUGCGCAGGAUGUGCAUGCGCAGCUGGGUGAGAUUGAGAGGAUGAAGGCGGUUGUGAAGGGGUAUCUGAGAGUGCCGGGGGAUGAAGAGUUGGAUGUGUUUGCGCUGGGGAGGUGUUAUAGACCGCUUGCGACGUUUGGACAUCCGAUUAUUACGAAGGUGGACUGGGAGUUGCUGGGUAUGGAUGAUAGGUCCCAGGACGCGCUCUCACCUUCCCUCUCCAGUCCACGACUUCCAUACCCCGGUUUGCCGGAAAGAACGCUCGAUCGUCUUGGACUAAAAGGCGGCAUGAGUGUCAAAGCACAAACCGAUGGUCUACUCAAGGCCCUGCAAGGGAUGCGCGAAGUAGACCGCAGCAAUAUCGUGGAGCACCUGCCUCCCGAGAAAGUCCGGGAUGCCUUUCUACUUCUUCUUCGCCAGCAAGAUGAAGCCCCAGUCCCGCAAUCUCAACCGCUUGUCGAUAAUCCUCCGCCCCUAGAUCAAGAAGGCCCAACAGUCGAAUCGAUUGCUGUACCCAAAAAGCGGGCUGUCUCUGCGGAAACCUCCAAUGGGUCAAAGCGAGCAAAGGUCGAUGCAGCUGUACAGCAACAGGCUGACAGUGACGCAGCGCACGUUGUAGUAAAGAAAGAGCGGGAGACCAUUGACCUCACUAGCGACGACCAGAAUCCAGAGCCCGAGACUGAUAAUCAGCGACAGAUGGAAGAAGAACCCGAACCGCACGACCUUGCGAUGUACUUGCGCUUUCGCACCGAGGCGGGACGCAAUGUCUUGAAAGACUUUGAUGAUCUUCCCACACCAGUUCAAGCGGAGCUGAUGCGACGCUACAAGGAAAUGUGGUCGGCCACCAAGAACAGAAGAAAUGACUACACAACUUGCACUACCAAGCCGGCAAGGUACACCGAUAACCCAGACAAACCUUGGUGCAUUCGAAACCUCGUCGUCCGUGGUUCGCGUGGAACUGGGCAGCUCUUCAGCCAUGGCGGCGAUUUCAAAGACACUGCGGAUGACAGAUGCGUUAAUGCUUCCCAACCUUGUGCUCACUUUGCCAGACACAAGGGCAAGUACAUCAUUCGGUUUGUGCCUUUACCGAUGAGUCUACGUGAGGGCACGACAUGGACAGACCUUGGAUAUUGGGUAUUGUGA